AUGAUGUUCAACAGAAUUACCCGAUCUGCCGGUCUGCUCGCUCGAGCCCGACCCACCACCACCGCCGUCAUGUCUCCCAUGACCCCUCUUGCCAUCUCUCGACGAGGCUACCACGAGAAGGUGCUGGACCACUACAACAACCCCCGAAACGUGGGAUCCAUGAACAAGAAUGACGAGGACGUCGGAACUGGUCUGGUUGGAGCCCCCGCCUGUGGCGAUGUCAUGAAGCUGCAGAUUCGAGUGGACGACAACGGAGUCAUCCAGGACGUCAAGUUCAAGACCUUUGGCUGUGGCAGUGCCAUUGCCUCCUCUUCCUACGUGACUGAGCUUGUUCGAGGCAAGUCUCUGGCUGAGGCUGGCAAGAUCAAGAACACCGUCAUUGCCAAGGAGCUGUCUCUUCCCCCCGUCAAACUGCAUUGCUCCAUGCUGGCUGAGGACGCCAUCAAGUCUGCCAUCAGCGAUUACAACAGCAAGCGAAAGACCAAGAACCCCACUCUUGGUGCCGAGGCUGCAGAGACUCCUGCUGCCGCCACUGCCACUGCCUAA